AUGCCGUUAGAGAAAGCGGAAAACUCAGUAGAUUUAUUAGAAACGGAUGUUAUUGUUGUAUCAAAGAAAGGUUGCAGAAAUCAUUGGGACGAACGAUACCAUUACAUAAUCAACAGCCAAAUGAUUUGUACAAAAGACGCCUCAGAUUAUAUGGAAAGUGAAGCAUGUCUGGAACAUGGUGCUAAUUGCAAGCCAUUAGAUGAUUCAGACAGUGAAUACUUCGAAAUGACGCCUGUAGUACCUAAAAGGAGAAUGAUUAUAGAUCCCAAGAAUCUUAUUGUUCAUACAGCCGCUCAUCAUCGCUCCACAAGAAGAUUUGAGAUGUCAGUUGGUGGAUUUUGUGAGAAUGACCACGGUGGCCCUCUUGUAAUUGGUCGUGGCAAGAACGCUAUGAUCAUAGGAAUCAUGUCAGCAUGCCAAACCAAAACUAUAAUGCAAAAGUGUUUCGGUCCAUUUUUGUACACCAGCGUAUUUAAAUAUCGAGAAAUAAUUUAUUUCUGCAGUACUCCGGAACUUGGUUGGAGAUGCAAAAAGCUGAUUAGAUCCUCAAAUUCUAUGUAUCAAGAAACGUCUUACGAUUGGAACAAUCAGUCUGACGGGACACAAAGAAUGGACAGUUCAGGAAAAUUUGUCUUAAGAAGUUACGCUCAAACACCAUUGCAUCCCAUAGUAUCACCUCUAGUAACAGAGGACAGUUUUAAAAGUAAUGUCUCAGCAACUAUUGAAGUCACUACUCAAGAAUUAUUAAAGUCGCAAACAGAAGUACAACAUAAAAACGUCCAAAAAUUUUCGACUUCUGAAAAAUCUGAACCAAAUACACUGUCAAGUGUGAUAAAUACCUCAACUCAGCCAUCAACAUUAAAAUUUUUACUGCCACAAAUACUGGGUGACUCGGUACCUAAAAAUUCAUCACGUUUAACUCAGAUGCGUAAAUCACUAAAUCAUAAAAAAAAUGCGAAGUCAGCUAACAUUUCUCACGUUGUAUCUAAAAGUGUAACUUCAAAAAAAAAUGCAGGUUUGUACAUGAGGGUCCAAGACUGGCAGCAAAAUUAUUUGAACUACCUUAACAACAUGUGA